AUGUCAGUUUGUAGGCAGUUGAGUGCCAGAUGGACGGCGCUGAUGGUGGGCGCCGCUGCAUGGGUGUUGAUGAACGGUGGAGCGGGCGUGGAAGCCGAGGUGGGCGUGAACUGGGGCGACAUCUCGUCCCAUCCGCUGCCGCCCAAAUCGGUGGUGAAGAUGCUGAAGGCCAACGGGAUUAAGAAGGUGAAGCUUUUCAACUCCCCGGAGCCUAUCCUCAAUGCCUUGGCCGGUACCGGCAUUGAGGUCAUGAUCGGCACCCCCAAUGCCCUCCUCAAAGACUUGGUUAAUUAUGAUGUAGCAAAGGCCUUUGUCAAAGAAAAUGUCACUCGCUACAACCCCACUUCUCCUGAUGGCGUCAAAAUCACGCUUGUGGGGGUGGGGAAUGAACCAUUUCUCAAGUUCUACGCCAAACAGGGCUUAUUCAAUGUCACAUAUCCAGCGCUUGCGAACAUGCAGAAGGCACUGAAUGACGCCGGGAUCGGCAAAACCACAAAGGCAACCGUACCAUUCAACGCCGACGUCUACCUCUCUCCGCCGUACGCUCCCGUCCCUUCCGCCGGGAUGUUCCGCAGCGACAUCGCCGAUCAAGUAGUAAAAAUCGUCGAAGUACUCGACAAGAACGACGCGCCCUUCAUGAUCAACGUCUACCCUUUCCUCAGCCUUUACUACACCAAAGACGUCUUCCCCGUCGACUUCGCCUUCUUCGACGGCGCCAAAAAGCCUCUCUACGAUUCCUACAACAAAAAAACCUACACCAACGUCUUCGACGCCAACUACGACACGGCGGUCGCGGCCCUGGCGCGUGAGAAUCACGCCAAGGUGAAAGUCAUGGUGGGGGAGAUCGGGUGGCCCACAGACGGCGAUAGCUUCGCUAACGCCUCGAUGGCCGCGAAAUUCUAUAACGGAUUCAUUAAACACGUGGCGUCCAAGAAAGGCACGCCGGUCCGGCCCGGCACCGACAUUGACGUGUACAUGUUCGGAUUGUAUGAUGAGGAUGAGAAGAGCACUCUCCCCGGGAACUUCGAGCGCCACUGGGGGAUCUUAGGCUACGACGGUCAAACCAAGUUUGACCUGGAUCUUUCCGGCGGAAACGGAAAGAAGAAGAUUAUGACGGGCGUGCCGGAGAUAGAAUACCUGCCGAAGAAAUGGUGCGCGUUGAAAUCGAACGUGAAAUUGACGAAUUUGAAGUCGAACACCGAUUACGCGUGCGAUCGGGCGGAUUGUACGACGAUGAGCGAUGGAUCCUCGUGUAACGGCCUCUCCGAUACCGAGAAGGUUUCGUAUACUUUCAACGCCUAUUUCCAGGUCCAAGAUCAAGCGGAAGGGAGCUGCGAUUUCCAGGGUUUGGCGGAGGUGACGACUAAGAAUUUGUCUACCGCCUCGUGUAGCUUCAACAUCGGGAUUAAAUUGCCGGCAGAUUCGUCGGCGGCAUCUGCCGGCGGUGAUAAAGCUCCGUCGUCCGGGAAAGAUUCUCCGGGAACUAAGUCGUCGUCUUCUCAUUCUCCUUCGGGGGCCUGCAGCUUGCUGUUGCGUAGGGGGGUUUUGUUAUUACUCCAAUUCUUAUUCUUGAUUAGAAUUGGUUAAUUUUUUAAUUUUUUUUUUU